AUGAUGAAUACCCUUCUAUGGAAUCUUAUCUCUGCUGUACCUGGCUUUACUUAUAUCGACGCGUUCUUCAAGGAUUUCAUCAAAAAUAUUCUUAAAACAGGUCCUAUUCCCAACCAUAUCUCUUUUGUUAUGGAUGGAAAUCGUCGUUUUGCUAAAACUUGGAAUUUACCUCUAAAGGAGGGUCAUAGAAGAGGUGCAGACGCUUUAAUGAAUGUCUUACAAUGCUGUAUUGACCUGGGAGUUAAGAAUAUGACCGUCUAUGCCUUUUCUAUAGAGAACUUCAAUAGGCCUCAACCAGAAAUCGAUACCAUCUUUGACUUAUUGGUCUCAAAAUUGGCUUAUAUCUCUGAAGAUAACGAAUUUUGUGAUACCCAGAAGUUGCGUAUCAAGAUUAUCGGUGACAGAUCUCUAAUUCCUGAAAGAAUCUUGCAGGAUAUCCAACGAAUUGAGGCUAAAACAAGCUCUCACAAGGAUCAUACCCUUUUUAUUGCCUUUCCGUAUACUUCCAGAGACGAUAUUACCCACUCUGUUAGACAAAUCGUCUCUAAAGUGAAAGAUGGCCAACUAAAAGUGGACCAGAUUGAUGAAAAUCAAAUAGAAAAGAACUUUUACUAUGAAGGAGAAGCAGGUAAAGUGGAUAUCUUGGUCAGAACCUCUGGUCACACUAGACUCAGUGAUUACAUGCUAUGGCAAUGUCAUCAGGAUUCAGUCAUAGAGUUUCCCAAUACUCUAUGGCCCGACUAUCAGUUCUAUUCUACUUGGUGGACCAUAUUCAAAUGGAGUUAUUAUAAGACCCUUCAACUACAGGAUGCAGAAGUGAUGCAGAUCAAAAAGUUGAGUCCUGAGGAGAUUGAUAGACGAUACCAACACCAUCCAACCUACCAGAAGCCUAUCACAGAAUUCACACACCCGCCUUAUGCUUCUGUCGUCAAGAAAUAA